UUAUACGUAAAAAUGGCUGAAGAAGAGGAAAGCUUGGAAAUAAUUCUAAAUACUGCAACAAAUCCUGUGAACAGGGAUGAGGACUGGGAAACAAUUUUAAAGUUCUGUGAACAAGUAAAUAAAGAGUUAGAAGGACCACAAAUUGCUGUUCGUCUUCUUGCUCAUAAAUUACAGUCACCACAAGAAAGAGAGGCACUGUAUGCGUUAUCGACUUUAGAGGCAUGUGUAAAAUCUUGUGGGCGACGCUUUCAUAUUGAAAUAGGAAAGUUCAGAUUUCUGAAUGAACUGAUUAAAGUUGUUUCACCAAAGUAUCUAGGUAAUAAAACUACUGAGAAGGUGAAGAAAAAAUGUAUAGAACUUAUCUACAGCUGGAGUAAAGGCUUACCACAUGAGACUAAAAUCUUAGAAGCAUACAAAAUGUUGAAACAGCAGGGCAUUGUUAAAGAAGAUCCAGACUAUAUAGAUAAGGAAUCAGGAAAUAGAAUAGACGUGUUUCCACCCCCCAAACCCAGGGUAGCUACCUUCGAAGAUGAAGAAAAAUCAAAGCUUUUAUCAAAGCUGCUACAGAGUAAAAAUCCACAGGACCUACAGGCAGCUAAUAGGUUGAUCAAGAACAUGGUGAAACAGGAUGCAGACAAGAUGGAAAAGGUUUCACGAAGAAUAAAUGAACUAGAGCAGAUAAACAACAACAGCAAAUUAUUGAUGGAAAUGUUAGAUCACUACUCUCCAGAGACCUCUUCUAAAUCAGACUUAGAUAUGAUGAAGGAGCUAUAUGACAGUUUAGAGAAGCUGAGACCAAGUUUGUUUCGCCUUGCCAGUGACACAGAUGAAAAAGACAAUGAUGCAAUAAGUGAUAUAUUGAAAAGCAAUGAUGAAGUUAUGCAGGUUAUGGCACAGUAUAAGACAAAGGUGGGGGACAUCUCAAGCCAGAAUGGACAUUCAUCUAAUCCUGCUUCAUCCUUGCUUGACCUGGCAGAUCAGUCUGCUUCCUUACAUCCUGCAGCACAGACCAAAGACCCCAGCACAGAAAUCCUUGAUGAAGAACUCCUGGCUUUAGGUUUAGGUGACAGCAGCACUAGGUCGGAAUCUCUGCUCGGUGACUUGGACGAUAUCUUUGCAGCAUCAUCUACCAGUGGUGUAUCUACACAGACUCAAAAUUUAACAACAGCACCAGCAAUGAAUAAUGCAUUCUCAAUGAGUGGGGGACAACCAACAUUCCAGGCCUUUAAUCAGCCAAUGAGAGCACCAGUUCCAAAUUACUCUAUUUCCCAACCAUCGACAGGAAACUUCUCACAAUUUCCAUCUCAAAUUUCACAACCAACUUCUUCAUUAUUGAUAGGUUCAGAUUCUGAUACUUCUGUGUUCAGUCCUAAACCCAAACCCCCAGCCCCCCAGCAGACCCAGGCAAUGAAGGAACUAGACAUAAUGGGACAAAAUCUACUACAGCAAAAUCUCCCCAAGAAUUUACCAGUCAAGCCACAAGAUGCAGGUCAAAAAGUGCCCUUAAAUCAGAUGGUGUCUAAGACUGCCUCUCUCCAGCCGGUUCCAGCUCUGGGCCUGCUAGACAAGCCCUUGGUAGGGGCACCUGCUGAGCUUCCCGUGUCUCAGCCCUCCCAGACUACCCCCUCAUUAUCAACUCCAGCCAAACAAGGCUCUGAGGUCAUUCCUCUCACUGAUGUCUUUGUACGAUUGGAAUCCAUACAACCUGAUAGUAUGGCUCCAUUGAAUGCGUAUGAUAAGAAUGGAUUAAAAAUUGUCAUACAUAUAGCUAAGAAUAAACCUCGAGAAGAUGUCACAGUCAUGGUUGUAUCUACAAUUAGUACCAACACUAAUCCUGUCAAGAAUUUUGUCUUUCAAGCAGCAGUUCCAAAGGUAAUGAAAGUUAAACUUCAGCCCCCAUCAGCCACUGAUUUACCUGCCUAUAAUCCAAUCCUCCCACCGGCUGCCAUCACUCAAGUUAUGUUGCUGGCCAAUCCACAAAAGACUAUAAUGCUUUCAAAUCAUUGAACAAGAUAAAUGUGAAACCUACUAACAGGAAAAAGUCCGAUUAAAAUUCAAAAUAUCGUACCUUGCAAAUGAGGAGAGUCUUUCUGAUGUUGGAGAAGUGGACGGUUUUAUGGUGUCAUAAUACUGUACAUGUUGUAGAACAAAUAUUUAUUUUUGCAUUGUGAUGGGGAAAAGUGCAAGAGAGAUUGUUAUAAAUGUGAAUUGUGAUUGCAAGUCUGUAUUUUAGAACAGGUUAUGUUUGUUCUUAUUUUGAAACUGUGCUUUGAUUUUUAUUUGCUUGGUGCCUCACUCAGUUAUUCUACAACUGCACAAUUUACACUCAAAUGAUGCAUAAAUGAUCAGAAUGAGUAUAUACUGUUUGUAUUUCGUUGGAUUCCAUCAUGCAUGUGCAUCUCCAAUUUGGAGUAAAACAAAUACAGUAUAUACUUCUAUAUGUACAGUAUAUUAAUGUUAGGGAUAUGUACAGUUUGGGAGCACUGUAGAGUACAACUGUUUAGUCAUAUGAAUUAUUGAUAUAUACAUGUGUAUAAUACUUUGGGGAUAGUAAUAGAAUAUUAAAUUAUUACAAUUCAUUUCUUUGAGCAAACUGCUUUUCUUAUUCUAUAUGUAGAGAGUGAACAAGCAGUGUUUGAAGCCAACCAAACCUGACAUAAACAAUGAACAAUUUACAAACAAGUGGAAAUUUCAAUAAUAGGUUGAUUGUCCCCAUUUCUGUAAUACUCUGGACGAGGAAGCCGAGAGUUCAGAGCUCCACUCUUUAGUUUACAUCUGUAUUUGGUUCAGUUUUGGAUAGAUUAUGUGGUUGUUUUUUAGAGGCUUGUUUGGGAAGAUACUGUAGAUUUGAAAAAGUUUUGUAAGACUUAAUAUUACCAAACUGAAAUUGUUCAUAUCUGUGUUUUGGCUGACACCUGAUAUGUACUGUGUUAAUAAAUUCUAAAUAUCUAAACAGAGAACGUGAUUUGAAUUUCUGUAAGUUCACUACUUGAAUUUAGCAAAAAUAAAGUUGGUCUUUAGUAUUAUAUUUAGUGAAAACGCUGGCAUACAUGUAGAUUACAUGUAUUUGUAACAAUUAACAUUGUCUUCUGUUUUGUGUUGCUGUAUUUAGCAUCCAAAACUUAAAAUUAAGCUACUUGUUAUGUUGGAAUUAAAAGUAUUUUGCCAACAUUUGUUGACAAACUACUGUUUAUGUACUUGGAACACUUUGGAAUGAUUGAAAUAACAAAAAGUAUAUGAACUUCAGGUACAUGUAUGUUUAGAUAAAGUCCAAAAAAUGGGUAAAUAAUCAUUUAAUGUAUUGUGUAAAAACUUAAUGAUGACCAGUCUGCAUCAUGUGUAACUGAAGUCUUGAUAAUCAUAUGAGGUCAUUAUGCAGAAUUCAUAGAUUAUUAUGAUUACAUCAUGUUAUAGUUGUUGUACAAACUCUAGAUCUCGCCUCAAUCUACCAUACUUAUCCCAUUCAUGGCAACCCCUGGCAUUUAAAACUGAUAGAGAGGGGGGCUGAUAUUGAUCUACAAUUUUUAGGAACUCAUGUUUUAUUGAAUUGACAUCCAUGUUGGAUGAUAAAAUCUUCUCAAUAGUUGUCAGUAAUGUACAUAUAAUAUUGACUGAUAAAAUUACGGCAGGGGUCACAGAUGGAUUUCCUGUAAUUGCUGCUAAUGAUGUUUUUAUAUAUAGGCAGUAAAAUGCUCAUCGACAUUAAAAUUAUAUCAAGUACAUCUAUGUACCAUGUAAUGGCGUGACUUAACAAUCAUGAUGAUCAUAUUGGACAUUUUCUGUUAGAGCAUUUACAAGUUUCCCUCAGUAAGAAUUAAUGAUGAAAUGACUGGUAUGGAUCUGGGCAUGUCCUCAUCUGUGAUGUUGUUAUGGUAUUGGCAAUGUGAGGACUCGAUUUAAAAGACUUGUAAAAUGUCAAAUAUUUGUUGAUUGUCCAUCUUGUUUAUGUAUGCAUGUAAAUGUAUACAUUGAUGCGAAAAUGAAUAAAGUUAUAUAUGUGUAUGUAAUAA